AUGUCGUCUUCAAAGUUUCAAGUGAUAGAACACUCUAUCCCCUCUGGCCAUCAAACAAUACGCCCCCCCCUGAACAAUACUAUUCCAAGCCCCAAUGAUGUCACUGUCAUUGCUGGACAUGCCAAUGGAAUUCCAAAGCAAUGUUACGAACCAAUCUGGGAGGAGCUCCUUUCGUUGACAACUGUCAGAAUCAAAGCUAUCUGGAUCGCCGACUCUUCGAAUCAAGGCGCCAGUGGUGUGAUGAAUGAAGAUGAGCUUGGUGAUGACCCAAACUGGUUUGACCACUGA